AUGGUAAAGAAGUCUUCUGUAGGAAGUGGAGUACAAGACCAAACUAAUCUGAAGAGUCCAGAGGAUAUCCAGGUCUAUGUUGUAAAUACAAAUUUCACUCUAAGAUGGAACUACACUGGGAAUGAUACCAAUGUGACAUUUUCAGCAGAAUACAGGUGGUUUGAAGAAUCUGAGCCAAAUGGAACAGAGUGGAAGGGGUUGCCUGGGUGUCAAAAUGUUACUUGCACAGAAUGUGACUUUUCCUCAGCAAUAACUGAAUAUUAUGAUAUGUAUCAUGUGCGUAUAAGGGCUGAAAGAAGGGAAGAAGUGUCUCCGUGGUCUAGCGUUUUUGAAAUGAUUCCAUAUUUUAUAGCUCAGAUCGGGCCCCCAGGAAUAGAGUUGCAGUCCGUGAAUGGAGUCAUAAAAAUUAAGGUUUCUCCUCCAGAAGAAAAUCAGGUCCGAAAAAUGUGGAUAACUCCUCUGUAUUUUAAAUAUAAACUAGUUAUCUGGGAAAAUUCAUCAAAUUCAGAGAGGGUUCAAAGUAUUUUUCCUACUGACACAAUUGAUGAUCUUGCACCAGACACUACCUAUUGUUUGAAAGUUCAAGCAACUCUUCAUUUGGAGCUGCUAGAAGGCUUGUUCAGUCCCAUUCGUUGUAUAAAAACAACCCGUAAAGUGAAUGACGUACUCUGUCCAACAAAUCUGAGAAUUCUUGCUUUGAAUAUGCAAUUUCAUCUACAUUGGACUAAUCAGUAUAAACAACAUGUGAGCUACAAUGUACAGUAUCUCAUAGGGUAUCUGAAGAAGCUUCAUGAUGAUUACUCAGUGAAGUGGCUUAAUAUACACGGGUGUGAAAACAUCACUGAUACACAAUGCAAUUUUUCAUCUAUCAUCACGGCUACUUCUGGAUUUUAUUAUCUCCGUGUGCAGGCCAUAAAUGAAUAUAGCAGAUCAUGUUUGUCUAAUGAAGUAAAAGUAGAUCCUUUGAUAACAAAUGAAAUUGGCCCUCCUGGUGUAAAGCUGGACAUCAGUAAUGCUUUGCUCCAUAUCCAGAUUUCUCCUCCAGGAGCGUCUGAGAGCGAAGUCAUGAGGGACCAUUAUGAUUUGUCUUACCGGGUUCUGUACUGGAAGAAUUCAUCAAAUAAUGAGGAGGAAAUCAAAGUGAAAGAGAUAAAACAGACAAUAGGGUCAAUCUCUGAUCUAACACCCUCGACUUUGUACUGUGUAAAAGUACAGGCAUUUUCAGAAGCUUAUAACAAAAGCAGUCAUUUCAGCAAAGAGGAAUGCAUCAAAACACCUGGAGAUAAAAUUUUGCCUCUCAUCAUUUUAGCAACAUUUGUAACUGCCCUGAUUGCUGUCUUUCUUGUGGCUGUGCCACUUGGUUUUGCCCUGUAUCAAGCCUACAGUAAAAUCAAAUACGUGUUCUUUCCAUCAUGCCAACCUCCUUUGAAUAUAGAGGGUUUUGGAGGACAGCUCUUAAGCAGUCCUUAUCCGUUAACUGCAGAAGAACCAAUAGAAAAUUGUUCUGUAAUUGAGACUAUCAUCACAGAAGAAGCAAAUCAAAUUGUUUCCAAAGAUAACAAACAUUCUAAACAGAGAAAUCAAGACUCAGGAAAUUAUUCUAAUGAUGACAAUGCUUCAGGAAGCAAAGUAUCAGAAGAAAUGUUAGAAAAGGAAACAGUGUAA